GAUUCUUUGCAGUACUUUGGUUCCUUUCUGUGUAGUGAUCUGUCACUUCUCAGCUGUUUAUGGUACACGGUGUACUUUGUGGGCUCUUUGUCGUACUUUGUUGUAGUACAGUGGCUCUUUGUGGUAUUUCUUGUGGUGUCUGUUGUUUCGUGGUGGUCUUGUAUGUUUUUGUUGGAGUACUCGGCGUGUACCGUGCAGCAGCAGUACUGCAGGAGGUCGUCGUGUUCUCGAUCCUUCAGUUUCGGCUGUUUUGACCGAAGUCCUGCACGUCGUCCACCUCAAACAGCCCAGUGAGACGUUAUCCAGGCUGUUCUCAGGGGCGACCCUCCUCUUUGUUAAACACGGGGCUUUUCGAGGAGAGGCCCGUCCCCCCCGUUAUUUUCCCCUCCACUCAAUCAGCUGCUGCUGGAAAGCCUUCGACAGGCUGCGCGCCUGCCAAGAACGAGCUGCGUGAUUCCACACGUCCAGCACGUCGAGCUCUCUGCACGCGUUUCCCACACUGAACAAACGUCCCAAAGAAAACCUGCGAGGUCCAGCGCGGCGGAGGAAAAUCCAGGCCUCUCGCGACGGGGGGAAACGUGCUGCGGACGGCGGGAGGCCUCGAUGCAUAAUUAGAGCUGAUUGUUUCGCAGAGCGGCGGCCCGAGGCUGCACAGAAACUUAAUCAGCUAAACAAACACGGUUCAGCCGCAGAAAAAGGUUCCUGAUGGAGUUUAUCCAUUAAAUGCGGCGUCAGAACAUGAAGGUUCGGAUCAACGCCACCGGCGACACCAUCGUGAUGAAGUUUGUGCGCCCGAGUCCGGACGUGAAGCUGGAGGGUUACAUCCUGGGUUACGGCAGCAGCAUGUUCUCCAAACAGUUCAUCCAGCUGCCCGAGAACGGACAACCGUACGAGACCGAGAUGGACGCAGAGCCCAAGUACCUGGUGGCCGUCCAGCCAAUCCCAGUCAACGACGUGAAGAAACACUGCACGGGGAAGGUGAACCUGGAGAAGCCGCUCCACCUGGUGAUCGGCUCCGUCAGCCCGACGGCGGUGCUUCUGUCCUGGGGAAACUACCUGAAGACGCCCUACGAAGGGAACAUCAUGAACGAGUGUCUGGAGGACGGGUUCUACACCAUCCGCUACAGGGAGAGGAACAGGAAGUGGAUCUAUCAGACCUGCCCGACCAGCGACACGGUCAUCGACAACCUGAAACCCAACACGCCCUACGAGUUUGGCGUCCGGUCCAACAAGGACGACCGCAGCGGCAUGUGGAGUAAACCGGUCAUCCACAACACCAACAUGGGCAAUAAGAACACGCAGAAGCCGUACAAGCUGCGAAAUCCUCUCACCAAGCCCAUGAAGCCUCUCGGCCCACACGCUCUCUUCCCUCCACGUCCAGCUCUGCACAACAGGACUCGACUCUCUCCUCUGCUCAAAAACCCGGCCUUCCCCGGAGCUCCUCGCACUUCUUUCGCGCCACCCGAGAGCCACCAGGAAACUUUACCUCUGCCCGGCUCUGCUGAGCCAAAAUGGCCCCAUGUGUCACUCGACAAAGGAAAUUCUGUUAGAAACGACACCAACCAACCAGUGGACCGUCCUCCUGCCUUACCCCAACUCCUGCCCACCAAAGCCCCUCCCGCCAACGCCACAGCCUCCCCCCUCUUUAAAUUGCCCUCCAAUGGCGACUCACAUGAGGGGCAGACUACUAAGGCGCCCACUAAUGCACCUGAGAAGCCUCAUAACCCUGCUGCUUUCGGCAAAUCAGAGGACAGAUCGUCGCUGCUGAGGUCAGCUCUGGCCAAUGAGAGAGCCAAAACUAACAACUGGGGUCAAAGCAGCAAAAGAAAUCCCUCUCCGCCGCUGCCUAUGCAGCCUUACAACCCGGCAGCUACCACGGUUGUCAGAUCCAUGAGGCCUGCAUCAAGAAACCCCCUCUUUCCCUUCUCUAAUGGCCUAAGACAGCCCCACUCUUCCUCUAGACCCAGUAACUCAUCCCCGACCUCCGGGAUACUCGGGGUCAACGGACAGCCACACCGGGGCAUUUCCCCACCUAAACCGGCCUUAUGGUCCAGACCUCGACUGGUGAACAACUCAUUGCUGGAGGACAAGAAGUCUGAGUUCCCCGACAUGUUCGGCCGCUCGAGUCCCACCGUUGAAGAGCGGUUUUAUGGAUCCCUGGCUCGCCCGUCCAUCCCGAUCAACAAGAAACCAAACCUGGUGGGAAAACCCGGAGAAACAGAUAAAGUGAACAACUUAAAGCAGACAGACAAGCUGCCGAUCCUGAAACCCAAAGUCUCAGCAGCAACCGCCAAACCGACCAAACAGGAACGGAAACAGGCCGUAACUGCUGCACCACCAACAGCUGCCGGUCGGCAGGAAACCUGGGAAGACUCGGAGCUGUUUAAAUCACAGCCGACCUCUGACGUUGAUGCUUUGGGCAAGAAGCGUUACGUGGCGCCGCACGUCGUCUACCAGACGGGCAAGAAGCCGGACGAGCCCUGCUCCAUCACCUCCUCCCUCAACUACUUCCCUGAAGACGAGCCCGGCGAGGCCAACGUGACGGCUCCGCCCAAGUCUCCGCCCUCCAACCUCACCGUGGUGACGGUGGAGGGAUGUCCGUCCUUUGUCAUCCUGGACUGGGAGAAAACGGACAACGACACCACCGAGUACGAAGUCAUCUCCACCGCUAAAGGACCGGACGGAGAGCAGGUCUCCAUCCUGACAACCAACCAGACUCACACGGCCGUGGAGAACCUCAAACCUGAGAGCAGCUACGAGUUCAAGGUGAAGCCGAAGAACGAGAUGGGCGCAGGUCCUCUCAGCGAGCCGGUGUCCUUCAACACCGAGUCGGCGGACCCGCGGGUGAGCGAGAACGUUUCAGGAAAAGACGCCAUCUGGACUCAGUUCCCCUUUAAGACGGACUCGUACUCCGACUGUCACGGCAAACAGUACGUGAAGAGGACCUGGUACCGCAAGUUUGUCGGCGUCCAGCUGUGCAACUCGCUCAGGUACAAGAUCUACCUGAGCGACUCGCUAAAUGGUAAAUUCCACAACAUCGGCGACCAGACCGGCUUCGGUGAAGAUCACUGUCAGUUCGUGGAUUCGUUCCUGGAUGGAAGGACAGGAAGGCAGCAGAGAGCCGACCAGCUCCCGUCCAGACCCGGUUUCUACAGAGCCGUCCGUCAGGAGCCCGUCCACUUCGGCCAGAUAGGAGGAAACUCCCACGUCAGCUACGUCUCGUGGUACGAGUGCGGAACGCCCAUCCCCGGCAAGUGGUGAACAGACCGAGAGGUUCUCGGAGAAGACCGGCAGAGGAGUGGUCGGCCAGGCUGGGAUGGCGACCUCUGGACCGCCUCGCCUUACCCAGUGCUGUAAAAACAUGUACAGGACAUACUCGUCAGGGAAUUAGUAACGAGAGAGCAUUUUAAAGAAACAUGUAAUAGCAAACAUGCCUCAUCUUUACUAUUUAUCAAGCAACAAGGCUAAACCGGUAGAAGAACAGGAGGAUCGUGGAGGCGUGGCUCCUCUCUGCAGUGUGGGAGCUCGCAGACUCACGCUCGAUAUAUUUUAUUUUGUGUUGAAAUAAUGGGAAGCUGGCUCCCUGGAAUACUAUUUUCAUAACGUGUGAGAUGUUAUUUAUCAAAAGGUCAUUUCUUCAGGAGGUCCGGCAGGCCUCUGCGGUUCCUCUGGUGUAAAUGUUCAGUUCAUUUUGUUCGUUUUCAGCCGAGCUCGCUCCUGCCGAGUCGCAUUGAAAGUCAGCCGAGUUAAAGUUCAGCCGUGAAGCAGAUCCAUCCAUCCAUCACUGGCAGCUGACCAGUCAAACCAGUCUUUACUGGCGGCACCGUAAACAAGCGGAUUAGCGUCUACGAGGGCUGCACAAUGCGGAAAAUAAACUUGCUGGAUAAUCCCGUUCUUCUGCCUCAUGUUCAUGUUCUGACUGCAUUAUUUCUACGACAACUAUAGACCCUGAGAAUAACCCAGUUUAAACUUUUAGACCGCCAUUAUAACAACAUUUUACAAAUAUUUGACGGAAAAAUGCUAAAAAUGUAAACGUUUUGGAUUCAGGACUGUUUUCAUCAAUCUAAAAGGUGGAUUAUGGGAAUUUCUGUUCGCCCACUAACCCUAACCUUAACCCAAUGCUAAAAAUAGAAUAAAGUCCUGAUGUUCAGUGCCUGAAACUAAUUCUAAACGCCUGAAACUCGUCAGUCCACGUCAAACAGCAGAUGUGUUGAUUGAACGUGUCUCGAACCAAAACGACCUGCUUCCGCUGCCUUCCAGCCCAGACGGGACGCUCGCCAGCCGGAGGCGUCUUCACUUGCAGUUUGCACAGCAGAAAUGUAUUUAUGUGUAUAUGGAGCGAAUGUAUUUUUUCAAUACAUUUUUGCAGAUGCAUUUCCCUCACCGUGGCCUUUCUGUUCCUGGAGCAUCACGUGCUCUUCUUCUUUUUGUGGCCUCAUGCUAAAGCAGGGCGAGAAGCUAACGAUGCAGCCUGAUAGCGAGCAGCUGCAGCAAUUAUAAAACCGAUCAGCCUCUUUCUUUAUUCGACCAACCAGAUCUGAUCGUCGCACGAGCAAAGAUUCAGCAAAUGAUUUUCUGGUCCUGAUCCAGGACCGUCCAACUACAUAUCAAGGUCCAAUAGAGAAACUAAGAUACCUCUCUUUGAUUUAUUCACUGUUUACAGGUGAACACCCACCUGAUGUGUCGUUCUUUUCAUUCCCGGGAGUUUAUGAACCGCAGGAAGGAAAUCUAAAAAUGUCUGCCUCUUUAUAUGAGCUGCGUCCACGGCUCUGAUCCAGGCCUGUCAGACUGCGUCACAGAUCACAGUUAUGUGGCUGGUGCGUUUCAUGAACUCCAUCAUGGGAUUCACAGAACAAGCCUCUUGUCACGUGGGUGCUGCGUAACUAAUCCUGAGAACCGCUGAGUGGUUAGGGCUACGAGCUAAUGUGCUAAUGGUGCUUUAUCAUUGUCUCAAACAAUUGUUCUUGUGGCUGCCAUUAAUUUCCCGCCCUCGCCGACCGCACCAGUCAGCCUCUUAUCGAGGCAGUUUACGCUGUCCGAGGCGAUGCGGGGCAUUUUCUCAUUCCUCUGUACGAUGUACGAUGUUUCCCAAACAUUAAACUGUACUGUGCCUUUAACUUUCAGCUGGAUCCCUGACUGUACUCAUGCAUAGACCCCAUGAUUAAUUAACGAGGACAAAGACCGACGAGUGCUUUGUAAAGAAAAUGAGAAUGUGUGUCACCAUGAGGUUGUGCUGUUGACGUUUUUCUACAUACGUUUGUUUCUAUACUGAUU